GUCCCCGCGUGUCGUCUACAGCCCAGACAAUCUCCCGCCGCUCCUGACUUAGAAACAUGUCCGAGUUUUGGCUUAUUUCGGCCCCUGGUGAUAAGGAAAACUUACAAGCUCUGGAGAGGAUGAACAGUGUCACCUCAAAGUCCAACCUGUCCCACAACACCAAGUUCACCAUCCCUGACUUCAAGGUGGGGACCCUGGAUUCCCUUGUUGGUCUCUCAGAUGAGCUGGGGAAACUUGAUACCUUUGCUGAAAGCCUCAUAAAGAGAAUGGCGCAGAGUGUGGUGGAGGUCAUGGAAGACUCCAAGGGCAAAGUCCACGAGAACCUCCUGGCCAAUGGAGUUGACCUGACAUCCUUCGUGACGCACUUUGAGUGGGACAUGGCCAAAUACCCUGCCAAGCAGCCACUGGUGAGCGUGGUGGACACACUGGCCAAGCAACUGGCACAAAUCGAGACAGACCUGAAGUCCCGCACAGCAGCAUACAGCGUUCUGAAGGCCAACCUGGAGAACUUGGAGAAGAAAUCCACGGGGAACCUCUUCACUCGGACACUGAGCGAUAUUGUCAGCAAAGAAGACUUUGUACUUGAUUCGGAAUAUCUCAUAACCUUGCUGGUCAUCGUCCCCAAGUCAAGCUACGUACAGUGGCAGAGGACAUAUGAGUCCCUAUCCGACAUGGUGGUCCCUCGAUCAACCAAACUGAUCGCCGAGGACAAGGAGGCUGGCCUCUUCACAGUGACUCUCUUCCGCAAAGUGACUGAAGAUUUCAAAGUUAAAGCCAAAGAAAACAAGUUCAUUGUCCGGGAAUUUUACUACGAUGAAAAAGAGAUUAAAAGAGAAAGGGAAGAGAUGAACAGGUUGCUGUCUGAUAAGAAACAACAGUAUCAAACUUCCUGUGUUGCUCUUAAAAAGGGAUCAGCCACCUACCGGGACCACAAGGUUAAGGUAACCCCGCUAGGUAACCCUGCUAGGCCCGCUGCGGGGCAGACCGACAGAGACAGAGAGGGCGAGGGUGAGGGACCUCUACUGCGCUGGCUCAAGGUGAACUUCAGCGAGGCUUUUAUUGCCUGGAUCCACAUAAAGGCCCUGAGAGUAUUUGUGGAGUCUGUGCUCAGGUACGGACUUCCAGUGAACUUCCAGGCUGUACUCCUGCAGCCCCAGAAAAAAUCAGCCACCAAGCGCCUGAGAGAGGUGCUCAAUUCUGUCUUCCGGCACCUGGACGAGGUCGCCGCAGCCAGCAUACUGGAUGCGUCUGUGGAGAUCCCUGGACUGCAGCUCAGCAACCAGGACUAUUUCCCCUACGUGUACUUCCACAUUGACCUCAGCCUUCUGGACUAGGUGGCCAGCCUGUCUCACUGUGGCCUCAGACCGUACUCUAAGCUGGACAGCCAUAUCCUGCAGGAUUCUGACUCACGAGAUACUUACAGACGUUAGUUAGAGUGUAUUUAUUUUUUUAAGUUACAAUAAAAUGCUCAGUUCUGAGUCUUCCCUUGUGUUUAACUAACUCCCAACUUUCUCCUGAGCGUUUUACAUAGUGAAAUAUCUGGAACCCACAGGGCUUUUGUCUUCGUGGGAUUUCCAAUGGGAGAUUAAUGAGAAUGUUGAAAACCUGAGUCUGAUUAUCACUGGUGAAGCCGUAAGACAAGACUUUGGGGCAUGAAAUGAGGUUUUCACUUGGGACCAAGUUUCCACACAGAAUCAUGUCCUUGCCAAAAGGUCUUGUCUUCAUUUAAAAAACCAUUUUUACAGGGAGAUGAUGAUUGAUGUGAUGUCUGUUCAUAGGGUUAGUUUUCAGGAUAAACGUCAAGACUCCAAUUUUAAGAUGUGCCACUAAUUUCAUACAUUUAUCAGCUUUGUCCAAAAUAUCAUUUUAUUCUUGAAUGGAAAAAGCCAUUAAUAGUCAAACAAAAGAAUCACAUUUUAAAAACCCUAUACAUAAGAAACAGCCUCCAAGAACAUUCAAGCAGCAGUCAGGAGGAGGGAAAAAUGUUUCAACAGCCCAGUUUUCUUCAAUAUGCCAAAGAAUAAAUCCAAUUCACUGCUACAAUUCAUAGAAUUCUUCAGUGUUUUCUUGAGACGCCGAGGUUCACUGUUGCAGGUUCCAGUGGCCGGCAAGUACUGCUCGGAAAGGCAGACAGCUGAGCAGAACCUCACUGCUGGAAAACUGCCUGCUCCCAAGAAAAGAAACGUGAAGGCUGGGCUGCGGCCCUCACAACUCAUCCU